AUGUUAGUUCGAGCGAAAUCGAAUGUAGGGCGAUAUUUUGAAAAGGGAAGGAAACCAGUUGGUUGGUUAACUUAUCUCGUAACGCUACAUAAACUAACACAAACACCGUCGGCGAGUGCUGCAGUCGCUGUCAGCCUUCGUCCGUUUCUAGGUCAACGAGAGUCGCGCAAACGGGCGUCUUCCGUUUCCCCAUUCAAUCGCCCACAGCGAUUCGAGUUGAUCUGCCGACUUCUUCGUUAA